AUGGAUGCGUUGCUCGAAGCAACACAAUGCAUCAUUUGUACGGAUAAUUUAAAUAAGCGUUGUCCGUUGUGUCGAGCAUACAUUUGGAUAUUCAAUAUCCGACCAUUUUUUUUGCCAGGUCUUCAGCGCUUGAUUGAAGGUUUGCAACCACGUCGCCAAAUUCCACAAAAUCCGAUUUUAGCUCGUCACGGUCUUCAUAUGCGCUCUAUACCGACAGGCCACGGUCAUUUGCCCAUCGCACCGAAUCAAAAUCAAAAUCAAAGACAACAAGCACAAAAUGAAAAUCGCCCGGUUCGCGAUGCUGGUGGAAUUUUAAGAAACGUGAAUCAACGCGCACCAGUCGGAGCGAUCGUUGCACAAAACGUAAAUCGGGUCCGUGAAGCUGCUCCACGUGUAAGAGAGAAUCGACACGUUCCAACUGAACCGAAUAUUGCACAAGCAAGACGUCAUCGUUUAUAUCCGUUGCCGGUGCUCAAUCAAAGAAUCGAACUUCAAGGAAAUCACGACCGCCAACGAAAUCAACCACAGCCAUUACGUUACGAACGCAGAAUGUGUCUGAUUUGCGGUCAUUUCUUCACUGCCGUUGACAACAACGUG